AUGCGUUUCACCGAGGUUCUCUUCCUCACCUUUGCCAGCAUGGGUGCCGUCGCCCUGGCGGCCCCUCAAAACGGCGCUGCCAAUGCCCCCGCCGUUGCUACUCCUGCGGGCGUCCAGGCCGCAGUCGAUGGUCGCUGUGAUGAAGACCAUUUCAAGGACAAGGAUGGCUUCUGCCAUCGCAAGGAUGAUGAUGACCGCGAUGGCCGCCGGGACCGUGACCGCGAUGAGGACCGCGAUGGCCGCCGGGAUGAGGACCGCGACGGCCGCCGGGAUGAGGACCGCGACGGCCGCCGGGACGAGGACCGCGACGGUCGCAGGGACCGUGACCGCGAUGGCCGCCGGGAUGAGGACCGCGACGGUCGCAGGGAUCGUGACCGCGAUGGCCGCCGGGACGAGGAUCGCGAUGGUCGCAGGGACCGUGACCGCGACGAGGACCGUGAUGGCCGCCGCGACCGUGACCGCGAUGGCCGCAGAGACGAGGACCGUGAUGGUCGCCGGGAUGAGGACCGCGAUGGUCGCAGAGACGAGGACCGUGAUGGUCGCCGGGAUGGUGAGGAUGACGGCAAGGAUGGUGAGCGCAAGAAGUGGUGGGCUUAA